AUGGCCUUCAUGACUGCUGACUGCUCUCGUCUUGUCUGUGACUCUUAUGGCCCUGUUUUGUAUGUUUGUGGAGCUGCGUUCUGCUACGCAUUCCGUUGGUAUUCUACCAUUAAUACUUGUCUACUUAACGGUAAAUUACAGACAUUAAACGCACGCACACACGCACACUGAGUUGCCCAUCCUGGCCAAAAAGAGUGUGUGCGUGCCGUUGUACUCGUGUGUGGGGUGAGCGGUUGGUAAGACACUAGGAUGUGCUUAUUUGUUGUCAGUGCGCGUCAAACAUUUGAAAACAUUUAUUUUUGGCCCGUACGAAUGCUUCAAUACUCGUAAGGCUUGCCAGUUGCCAGUUUAUUUUUUGCCCAUCCUCUGGAACAGUUGUGUAUCCUGACAAAUGGAUCGCAAUGGGAGUCCUCUGUUGUGCCCAUUCCAU